AACUGCGUCGCCGAGCGGACCCCUCGCUGACACCCUCGUAUCCGACUCCCCGCCCAGCGUUUAACCUCGAGCAAGGCCCACAAUGGCGGCCAAUACUCGACGAGUCGGCGGGGAACCGUCCAACGCCCAGAAUCCAGGCUCUGCCUCAUACGCAUCAAUUGCUGCUUCGAACACGCAGAACACAGCGCAAGAUCCCUCGGGGGGCUCUCCUUCUCCGGCGAAGAAGCGCAAGCAUCGUGGCGGCAAGAAGCGACGAAAUCGGCGGCAGUCGUUCGCCGCGACCGCAGAGACAAUGGACGCGGGAGACAUUCCGGACACGCCGCGUCCCAGCUUGGUCGACGUCGGCCAGUCGUCGUCGCGGGGGAGCUCCAGCUUCUACCGCCUGCACUCGAAUCGCAGCGGUGACAGCCUGGACAGCGAGGCGCUGUUGGACCAUCGCGACCAGCCGCCCACGCUACAGACGCGCCGCCAGAGCGUCCAGAUGUCGUCUAUACUCGGCGCACGCCCAAGCCAGCCCUUCGCCAACUCUCCCCAGCGCCGUGCCGCCCAGUACCCCUUCGGCCGCUCGAACUUGUCCCAGCAGCAGCGGGCGCAGGAUAGCGAGCCCGAGGACGACGAUGCCGACGACCAGACGCCUCUGAUGAGCUCCUCUCAGCGAGAUAUCAGGACUGGCACAAGUUAUGGCGGCGCCAGCGGGCACUCGGGCGGGGGCCGGCUGCGCAGGGGCAGCAGGUCGUCCGCGUCGAGCGGGAAGCGGGCACCGCAGCUCGCGGCCGCCAUGCAACACCACUCGCAGACCAACCUCGGCGACUACAGCGUGAACAACCCGCCCUCUGUACCGGCCAGUCCGGUCCUGGGGCCCGAUACCGCAUACGACGAUGUCAUGCUUCCUCCCGACCUAGAUAAUGGGGGUUCGUCGACUAGCAGAAACAGGUCCCGCGAUAUGCUCAUCGACAUAGACGAGGAACCCACCCCCCAGCCGGGCUUCGAGUCGACACCCACUUCACCUCCGGGCGGCGAGUUCCGCCGUCGCAUGACCCUGCAAGCCGCCGAAGAUGUGUGCUUUCCACAGGACAUGUCGGAAAUUGGCCAUGAAGACUACAUGCAUCGCCCAGAAAGCGGCGAUGUACGAGGUCGCCGCCGACGCCGUCGCUGGCCCGAUCUGGGUGUGCUGGAAGACUGGUCUCAUGAAGAAAAGGAACAGCGGACCAUGGAAGGCAUGCGCAUGCGCAAAGUCAGCGAGCCGCUCAUGGUGGAGGGCCGGCUGCGCCCGCAGAAACGCGCGUGGCACAGGGACGCAGACGACGCCCCUUACCGCUUCACCUAUUUUAACGAGGAGUUUGAGAAUACCAUUCACAGCCAGACUAUCAGUGAGCUUGUCCAGCCGGGUCAGACGUUCAGGACCCUCUUCAUCCCCGAUCCUCCUGUCGUUGAAGAUACCUCGGACUCAGAGACGGACGAGGACGACGACAUCACUCCGAUGACCAGAGAAACCACACUGGACCGUGCGACCGCCAACGGACAUUCUCGAACAAGCACCCAGACCACUAACAAAUUGGAUCCCAAGCAGUCAUCUUCCGGUGAGCAGACGCGCUCAAACACCCCAGGCCACACUCCCACACCAAAGCCGGACCAGGAGAAGCCAAAGCGAUACGGCCCGCGGCCAGCAUUCUGGCUAGACGUCAUGUCGCCUACCGAUGCCGAGAUGAGAGUCAUUUCGAAAGCGUUCGGGAUCCAUCCCUUGACGGCUGAGGACAUUCUGAUGCAGGAGCAGCGUGAGAAAGUCGAGCUCUUCAAGCAUUACUACUUUAUCAAUUAUCGCACCUUUGAACAAGACGAGAACAGCGAAGACUAUCUCGAACCCGUCAAUCUGUACGUGGUAGUCUUCCGCGAGGGCGUCAUUAGCUUCCACUUCUCCAUGACCCCGCAUCCUGCCAAUGUCCGCCGCCGUAUCCGCCAAUUGAAGGACUACCUCAUCCUCUCACCGGACUGGAUCUCCUACGGCAUCAUCGACGACAUUACGGACGCCUACGCGCCCCUCAUCCAGCGCAUCGAAGAAGAAGUCGACGACAUUGACGAGGCCAUCCUGCGUUCGUAUUCGAUGGAGGAAGAGCAGGAGGCCGAGAAGCGCGAAUCGUCCUCCUACAACAACCCACAUUAUGAAAAGGAGCCGGAUGGCACACGUGUGACUCGGGAAGGCGGACGGGACAUGCUGCGACGAGUCGGCGAGUGCAGAAAGAAGGUCAUGAGCUUGUAUCGCUUGUUGAGCACCAAAGCGGAUGUCAUCAAGGGCUUUGCGAAACGCUGCAACGAGCAGUGGGAGGUUGCCCCACGCAGUGAGAUCGGGUUAUACUUGGGAGAUAUCCAAGAUCACAUUGUCACCAUGACUGGGAAUUUGACUCACUACGAAAACCUACUGUCUCGCUCGCAUAGCAACUACCUCGCCCAUAUUAACAUCCGUAUGAAUGAGCGCCAAGAGAAGACUUCCGAUAUCCUGGGCAAGCUUACUGUUCUCGGUACCAUCGUCCUGCCAAUGAACGUUAUCACGGGUAUCUGGGGAAUGAACUGUCUUGUGCCAGGCCAAGACAUCGAGAACUUGAACUGGUUCUGGUGCAUCACCUCUGGAUUGGUGAUGUUCGGUCUGCUCUGUUUCCUCAUUGCUAAGAGGGUGUACGGCAUUAUGUGAAUGGAUUAGAAGUGCGGGAAAAAGUUUGUAGCAGAGUUGAGUACAUUGGCAUACGCAGCCGGAGUUCUGGGCUUGAUUUCGCAUCGCCGGCUUUGACGCCACUUGCAUUAGAUUGAUCUGCGUUUACAUGCAUCUCGUGCGCUGUAGAGUACUAUACAUGUCUCCUUGCUUACCGCAUUGCUCAUAUCGCAGAAGAUCCAUGUCUCCGUCGCGGUUGUUUGUUCGAUUAGAAAUGUACACUACUGUAGAAUGAGGGGUUUUGUUCCUAAACGAAUUCCGCCACGUGUCUGCCUGGCGAGUCCAUGAACUACAUUGCACCAGCGAG